CGCGGCCCGCCCCGCUGCGGGAUCGGCCCCUCACCGGGCUGCGGAGCGGGGCCCGGCAUUGGCACCGGCACCCACCGCCGAGGGAAGCGGGGAGCUCCGCGGACACUGCCGGAUUAGAGAGCAGGGAAGAGUCUUUGAAGAAACUUCCUGUCGGAAUGCCUCACAUCAAUGCAGCUGCAGCUCUGCAGUUCUGCAUGCUGCUGUCUGCGCUUCCUGCACAGUAUUUCCUAUCCCAGUGGUAUGGAACAGACUCCGCUCAGCGCAUCCAAAUAACUGAAAGGUUGCUAAUUGCUUGUGGGAGCAGCUUUACCAAGUCUUACCUGAGUGUGGAUGCGUGGGCAGAUCGUUUAAAGCUGUGGCUAUUGAAGACAAGGAACUGGUACUUCGGAGAAAAGAAAAUUAAAAGUGCCAACAAUGAAGCAGAAAACCAUUCUUAUUUUGCAGAAUCAACUCAGGUUCGCAGUCCAAAGCCUGAAUCCAUCCAGUUCAGUGUGGGACAGGUGAUAGUUCACAAAAGACUUGGUUAUUCGGGAGUCAUUGUUGGAUGGGAUGUAAAAGCUAAAGCUCCAGAAGAAUGGCUACAACACAAAUAUCCUCCAGCAAAACAGGAUGUAAAAGAUACUCCUCACUAUCGAAUUCUAAUUAACAAAGCAAAUGGAUUUGGCAAAUCUACUGCUUACAUUCCUGAGGAAGAGAUAACGAUUAUUAUGGGAUUAGAGGUGCACCACCCUGAUAUGAAAGCCUAUUUCAGUGGAUAUGAUGGAUCAAAAUACAUUAUGCAGCCGUGGUUGAAAAAAAUCUAUCCUCAUGACUAAGUAUUCAACUAUUUGUACAUGUAAUGUGCAUCUGGACAACAUGGUUCCUUUUUAAACUCGAGCAAACAGACACCGGGAUAAAGCUAAUGUAUAUUUUUUUCCUAUGAUGAAAUAAAACAUUCCUAAGCAA